CCCCAGGUGUGCAGGAUGAUGUGUGUUUGUGGUUGUUCAACUGCCCUGCAGCAGGUUUUGAGUGUUUGUCCAGACCAGGUCACAUGGCUGUCUGUUCCUCGGUCUGUCACACUGACUACUGUCACAACCAGGGCAUCUGUACCCACCACCCUCACCAACCACCCCUCUGCCAGUGUUCUCUCUCUCUCCAGGUGCCCUGUGGGGGAUCAUUUCUGGUUCAUGGGUCGUCGUUGUGACGUGAGGAUGACGCAGCAGCGGCUGGUGGGGGCGUGCCUUGGUGUGCUGGUUGCCAUAGUUACACUGAUUGGCGCCGGGGCCUGGCUGGCGGUGCGACGAUACAGAGCCAUGUUGAUAAAGACUAAAGUAGACCAGACACGCAGCAGCUACCGUAGGUUCAACCACUUUGACGAGCUGUCAGGUCGUUUCUGGGGGCGGUCCGUUGGUGGAUCAGCUGACUCGUUGGAUAACCCCGUCUUCACCCGCUCCGACGAGUUGCUACACCGGAGGGCGCUCGACCGCACCUGCUGUUACCACGACGAUACGCUGUCCCUGGCCUCCACCUGCCCUAGCAAUGGAACACACCUCAACACCGUCUACCCACACAAUUCCCAGUAUGGCUGGGCGGUCAGCGAGGUCAGCCUGGCGGAGUGUGUGUUGGAUUCUGGGAAAGCCAGUGACCUGUCAGUGUGCAGCUGGCCCAUAGAACCCAUACAGUGGACACCCUUCCCCCUGCUACAGCAACUAUCCUCUACACACAGAACCACCCCGGGACCUAUUAGGAGGGAG